GUAAAGUCAAAGGGGCUAGAUUAAAACAGAAAGCUCAACUUGAAACUACUGAGUAGAUAAUGAUGAUGUCUCUGAACUCCCUGCCUCUCCAAAGCCCUAAUCUCAAUUCUACCCACUUCGCCCAACCCCUCAAAAACCCUAAUUUCAACAUCCUUAAUCUCCACGCAUUAUCAAAAUCAACUUUUUUUCCUUCUCUCUUCAGAAACUUCCACUUUCAGCCCCCAAAUCCUGUAACCCUCCACCCCAGAAACCGACUUUCGAGGCUUUACUGUAGUCAAUUGAAAAGCUCUGGGGAAGACACCAAGAUAGUGCUUGGCUCUGGUGGUGGUGGCGGUGCUGGCGGUAGUGGUGGUGGAGACGACGGUGACGAUGAUGGGGAGGUGGAGAAGAAAGGUGGACCGUUGCCAGAAUGGUUGAAUGUAACUACGGAUGAUGCAAAAACUGUUUUCGGGGCAAUCGCUAUUGCGCUUGCGUUUCGGUCGUUUGUGGCCGAGCCUAGGUACAUUCCUUCAUUGUCAAUGUAUCCUACGUUUGAUGUUGGGGACCGAAUUGUUGCAGAGAAGGUUACAUACUAUUUCAGAAAGCCAUGUCCAAAUGAUAUAGUGAUUUUCAAAAGUCCACCACUACUUCAGGAGGUAGGAUACACAGAUGAUGAUGUCUUUAUUAAAAGAAUUGUUGCUAAGGAAGGUGAUAUUGUAGAGGUGCGUGAAGGAAAGCUUAUAGUCAAUGGAGUUGUACGGAAUGAGAACUUCAUUCUUGAGGCACCUUCUUAUAACAUGACUCCAGUUCAAGUACCAGAGAACUCAGUCUUUGUAAUGGGUGAUAACCGUAAUAAUAGUUACGACUCACAUGUAUGGGGUCCCCUGCCUGCCAAGAAUAUAAUUGGAAGAUCAGUAUUUCGCUAUUGGCCACUAAAAAGGAUUGGUGGCACAGUGCUUGAGGGUGGCUGUGCUGUUGAUAAGCAGGCCACCAGUCCAGCUCCUGAAUAGAAGUCAAGGCAUCAAACCAGCGGGUGUAUCAUUUCUUAUAUUUAUCAAUUUUUUCCCCGUGGUGUCUCUUCCUUGUUUUUUUUUUCCAAUCAUCAUUUAGCCAUCCUUUUUUGGUGGUAACUAGAAAUGUCCUUUUUGUAGGAGAUCCAUUUUUUUUGGAGCUUCUAACAGACUUUCUUGAUGUACAUGUACAUUGAUCCUUGAAUGAAUGUAACAUUUUGGUUGAAAAUUUUGAGAUUGAUUGUGAUUCAGUUGUGUUAA